GUGCAAUAUCAGUUGGUCAUCAUUUCAUAUCAUAUCAUAAUCAUAAACAUCUUUGUAGCUUCUACUGUUCAAAAAGGUGAUAACUUGUGAUCAAACAGUGAAAAAACAAGAAAAUUUUUCAAAGCUUUGAUCUUCCAUUAUUGCAGGUUAAAAGGCCUUGAAUUCAUUGAGCUAUUAUUGUUGAGAGAUAAGAAUCUUGAUCUUCUUAUAGGGUGGUAAGAAUUGAGUUGAGAGAUGACUGUAAAAGCUAGCAGCUAUGAAGGGAUAGAUUCUAAGGCUGUUGUUGAGUCAGAGAAGAUGACGAGGAAGAAUUCAAUUAGUGUAAGGCAUUGUGAGCCUAUCAAGCUGAUGCUCCUAAGAAACCUUACUUUCAAGGAUCUGGUUCAGGACUUCAAAAGAUCGGAUGCAACGAGUGGUAAACGAACCCCGCCUACCUCGCCUGCAAUUACGUUCUCGUCCCCCCGCCCUGUCAGCGAGCUCGAUGCUGCUGCAGUGAAGCUGCAGAAAGUGUACAAGAGUUACAGGAUUAGGCGGAGCCUUGCAGAUUGUGCAGUCGUGGCCGAGGAGCUAUGGUGGAAAGCGUUGGACUUUGCAGCACUCGAGCGGAGUUCUGUUUCCUUCUUCGAUGUUAAGAAACCCGAGACUGCUGUUUCUCGUUGGGCCAGGGCUCGUACACGAGUGGCUAAAGUUGGAAAGGGAUUGUCCAAGGACGAGAAAGCGCAAAAAUUGGCCUUACAGCAUUGGCUCGAAGCUAUUGAUCCACAACAUAGGUACGGACACAAUUUGCAUAUCUACUACGACGUGUGGUUUAAAAGUGAAAGCUCACAACCUUUCUUCUACUGGUUGGAUGUAGGAGUUGGGAAAGAAAUUAAUCUCGAGAAGUGCCCGAGGAGCAAGUUGCAGCGUCAACGCAUUCAAUAUCUCGGACCAAAAGAGCGAGAAUCGUAUGAAGUGAUUAUUGAAAACGGGAAGCUCGUGUAUAAACAAAGUGGUAGCUUUGUGGAGACAAUAGAGGGUUCAAAGUGGAUUUUUGUCCUCAGCACGUCGAGAAUGCUGUACAUAGGACAGAAGAAGAAAGGCGAGUUCCAGCAUUCGAGUUUUCUAGCUGGUGCAGCCAUCACAGCGGCUGGAAGACUGGUUGCUCAUGAUGGUGUUCUCGAGGCUAUUUGGCCUUAUAGCGGUCACUACCAUCCAACCGAAGAGAACUUCCAAGAAUUCAUUAGCUUCCUCGAGGAACACAAUAUAGAUCUUUCAAAUGUUAAGAGAUGCGCGAUUGAUGAUGACUCGUAUUCAUUCACGAAGGCUGAUGAGGGCUCGAGUGGACAGAAAACCGAGGAUCUGUCUACCACUGAAAGCACCUCUAGCACAGAUGACUCAGUUGGAGAUAACCAAAGUGGAAAGGCUAAUAAGAAGCCACCAGCAUUUAGCUUGGCUAAACAUAUGUCUUACAAGUGGUGUACCGGGGUCGGGCCGCGCAUUGGCUGUGUCCGGGACUACCCAACCGAAGUUCAAUUCCGGGCACUCGAGCAAGUUAACCUGUCGCCUCGGGUGGCUAAUGGCGGGUUCAUCAACUACGGUCCAAUCCCGUCACCACGCCCAAGCCCCAAGGUGCGUUUAUCCCCUCGCCUUGCAUACAUGGGGCUGCCUAGUCCUCGGACGCCAAGGACUGCCGUCGUUUAACCGGAAUGGAUCCACGGCUCGCUAAUCUGACCUUCAACAAACAGAGAAGAUCACACAGAGGAAACUAACACAAAUCUUCAUAUCAUUAUAUUCAUUCAUAAGUUUUGUCUAUUAUACAUGUGCCAUUCUCUCUUGGCUCCUUUUUCUUUGGAGCUUAGAAUUCUGAUUGAUUCUUUGAUUUCUAUUUUUUCCCCUUUUGAACAAAGUUUAGUUGGUAGGUCUCUAAUAAAGUAGCAAAUUUGUAAUUCAGUUGAUACUGUUACAAGAGGUGACUUGUUGAGCCUUGUAUAUGUGCAUCCCCUUGGUAACAAUUGUAAUGAAAUAAUUUUGUUUUGUUUUUUA